AUGCACAUCACGGUUGGGGACUGCAUUCCGUUAGACAAGGAUGCCAUCGGCGAUGUGCCGGCUGUCGCACAGAAAGGAGGAGGGGCCGAGGUAGGACGCCGACCUUCUCUUGUGCGCCGGUUCAGCGGGGAAUGCAAAACGGCAGUGGUUGUUCACGAGGGUGGUGCCGUCGAGGGCGCCCCGGGUGUCACAAUCACGCUAGAGAAGGAAGCUGCCAUCACCAACGCUCAGGAUGGACAUGGCGUUGUGGUUGAGAAAGCGGGGACGGGUGAUGGCCAAGACGGGCGGGGAGGCCUAAAGGAGAAAUUAGAAGAACAACAACACAGGGCUCCCGAACUGUCGAGCUUGACUCCGAGUACAAAGUCACCGCCACAGGAACGGGUUCCAGAACAAGCCGAAGAACAGCCCCGAGAACAGCCCGAAGAACCGGUCCAUGAGAGCGAGCUCCCGGCGGCAGCCUCUCCUGCCACUACAAACCGCGCAGCUCCCGAACGCAGGUCGUGGCUCAGCUUUAAGUGGAAUCGGAGGAAUGUUUCGGCGUAAAUGAGAAGCGGUGCCCUGCAGGCACUUCCCGAUGAGGCAGGACUAGGGGAUGUAGUUCUAGCCGAAGUUGUCGACGGCUUUCUUCUGUUUCCUCCGUCCUAGGGCUGGCUUUUGAACCAGAAUCAAAGAGUGUGAGGAAUGCCUUCGCGACCGAAGAUUUUACUUGCCUUAACCAGCCAGGAUUCCGUUUGACUGCUGGUGCAGCCUGAUGGAACGGCAUAAGGGUGAGGCUUUGUCUGCCAACACGUGGACAGCGAACUAGCACCCUCUGAACUGUUAGAGACAGUAGACGAUGCCCGUAUUUCUAGAUGCCGACUGCGCGAAUUCGGCAUUGGAAAACAGUCCGGCGUCGUCAGGAGGUGGUGUUGGUACGUAUUGUGCGUUUCAAGAACGAAGAUGUGCUGGCCGGUGGCAGACAUUUUCUAGAAGACGUUGAUGGGCAUGCUGCUAGCCGUCGAGGGCAAUCAGGGUGUGCAGGCAAGUGAAUUUUCUUGACAUGACCCUACGUCGUUGCCGAUGGUGACGGAGACUCAGUCUCUGGAAAAUUGUUUUCGUGCGAUAGGCGGAGAAGCGCCUUUUACCGCUAGUCGGCGACGGAGGUUUGGAAGGCGUGCUGGACGGGACGAUUUUGCAUUGACGGUAGUGAAAUGCUGAGGCAUGGGCUGAACGCGAAGUAGUUGUUAGCGUGGUGGCUUUGCUGUUCAUGGUUGACCAAUGAUCCGCCAAUAAUCACGAUGCCGAGGGACAGAGCUAGUUGCGCUUCCCUCUGCCGGACUCAGUUUGUUGCG